AUGACCUUAUCAAGUGGGUGAUCAAUCAAGGUGAUGAUGGAGAAAGCCUUUAUAGGCUCUGCCCCCAGAAUAAGUAGAUCGCAGGUGCAGCACAUAAUUGAACCAGUCUCCUCUUUGUUGGGAGUAGAUCAGUGAGAAACUGCUUUGUGGCAAAAGACUGACAUCUGAAAUGUCUUCACCUCUGGUGCCCCACCCAAAGAAUAGCUUUCUGGGCAACCCUGAGGAGAGUGACCCCCUGAUGAGAUGGAGAAUUGGUUCGCCCUCUGUAUCUCAUACACUUGACCCAGGGGUUGGUGAAGGCAGGAAGCCAGGCACAGACCAGAAACCUCCCCCUGUGACCCAGAAUAAGUGGUCGGUGGGACGUGAUCCUCCACAAGAAGGUGGUUGUGACCCUCAGGAUGGGGGGAGUGUGUCUGAAUUCAUUAAGAAGUUUGAAGCUAAAGAGGACCAGAACAAGCAGCUGGUGGUGCGUCGCCCUCUUGGCUCACCUGCUGUCAUUGACAGAGAGGACUCCGAUCCCCUUCUCUAUGAAAAGGUUUUGGUUUCGCAGGGAACUCGUACGUUUGGGUCGCCUGCCAUCGUUGACAGAGCAGAAUCCAAUGACUAUAUCUAUGAAGAGGUUUUUGUUACGCCUGAAACUCAUACGGUAGCAGUUCAACAACCGAUAUGUGCAACCCAUGUUCACUGUGCAAGGCCACCUCCUCCUCCAUUGCCGUUAAAGCAGUCACUCCCUCUGAAAGGCAGAAUCAAAACACUCUCAAUAAGCAGCAUUAGUGAAGAGGAACAAGAUAACUUCAAGGAUGCAGAUCGUCUGAUGGAAUGGUGGGAGAAGGUGAAAAGUGAACCAUGGAAAGAUCUAUCUAAUGACCCUAAACUGGCCAAGAAGGGAGAAGCAAAACUGUUCAAAGAGAAAGCCCAGCGGUUCCAGAAUGCAUUGCAGUUGUACAACCUCCUCCUGACUAAGCAUGGGGAGACCCUAAAGAACUACAUCAUUGACCUCAUCAGCAUCGCAGACAACUUAGACAAGGUUUCCAAGGGAACCAAGAUUGCUGGCAUCACUGGGGGCGCCACGGGGGCGGUUGGAGGGGUGGCGGCUGCGGCAGGGGUGAUCCUCGCCCCCUUCACCCUAGGGGCAUCACUGGCCUUGACAGUGGUCGGUGUCGGUGUAGCUGCAGCUGGAGGGGUCACAGGGGCCUCUGCAGCUAUCGCUAACAAAGUGAGCAAUGCACAGGACAGGAAGAAGAUUGAGCUGAUCCUCCAGGACUACCUGGCCCUGAUGGGUGACAUUGAAGCCUGCUUGAGGUUCAUCAACGUGGGCAUGGAGCUCCUGAGAAAGCACAACCUCUCAACCCUCCAGGAGGUCGACGCAGAGGCCGUCAGAGUGGUCAGGGUGGCCAUGGUGACAGGAGUGGGUAGCUCCAGUGCCAUAGAGGCCAGCAGUAAGGCAUCGGGGAUGCUCCAAGGCUUUGCUCUAGGCAUGGAUAUCUAUUUCACCCAGAAGAAGGAUGGCAAAGGUGGGCCGAAGCUGAAGAAGGGAUUGGAGUCCAAGUUUGGGAAAAAGAUACGGGAAGUGGCUCAGCAGCUGAAUGACGGGCUGGAUGAAGUGAUCAAGGUCAAAUAUGAGCUAGUUGAAAAUAAUCUCAUCCUCUGAAGAAAGGGAAAGGGGAUACCUAGUCAGUUGCACAACUGAAAUGUGUCUUCCGCAUUUAACCCAACUCCUCAAUCAGAGAAGUGCGGAGGGCUGCCUUAAUCGACAGCCCUACACACACACACACACACACAAAUGUAGUUUCCUCAAGGCUUCUUUGGGAAGGGUGAUGGUUCCAGUGAUAAUUAAAAUGUUGGGGUGGCGGCUCAUUGGACUUGAUGUUAUGCGAUUACAUAAUUAUGGUCAGUGUCUUGUGAAUUGAGACUGGUUGACAGUCAGUAGUUUUCAAUUCUCUCCUCAAGGACCCUGAGCAGUUCCAGCGCUAGCGUACUUGAUUCCGUUAAUAGACACAAUAGUAAAACCUAUGGAAUUUUAAAAAUAUGACAUUGCUAUUAAACCAGAAUAAAAUUGCCUUUUGACAUGUGUUCUAUAUAGCCCCUAAAAGGGUUGUAACCAUAGUAUUUUAUUAAUGGUUAUUUAUUGAACAUUUUGGUAAGUUGUAUACCAGGUUUCAGUUGUGUAUCACUGCAACAUUUUCUAUUGUCAUAUAAACCAAUGUUGUGAAUAAAUAAUUAGAAGACAUAGAUUUAGUCAUGUUCAUUUUUUUCACAUUUCAAUGAAUCUCUCAAUGGGCCUUGUAGGACUGUAUAUUAUAACUGAAUAUGUACUCUCCGGUGCAAUGAUCAGGGCCGGCCCUCCUUUAGGCAAGAUUAGGCCCGGCACUUGAUUUUUGGGGAGGCAUUAUGGCAAUUGGCUGCCGCCCUCCGGCGCCCCUGAUCCGCUACUACACCGCCCGCGGCACCCCAGC